AAUCCUCUCAAAGUCUGUCAGUCGGUGACCUUAGACUUGACAAGCCACCAUGAUCUUGCGAGCCACGGUUCUUACCAUCAUCUUGGCAUCUUUUACGUGGGCCCAAGAUGACCACCAUUGCAUUUGGUGGGACACAUCACCCUUCAUCAAUCCCAAUUUCCCCAACGAGCAACGCUUCUUGCCCUACUACGAUGACAAACCCGCCCGACGUUUGGAACCUGGAGAGACGAUGGAUAAGCUUCUUGGAGCUUGUCCUCAUUUCGCCGAAGAACUGGGUCCACCCGAAGAAGGCUGGAACGUUUGCUGCUCACCAAGACAAAUCGAUGAUGUCGUGACCAAUUUCGUGCUUCCCGAGUCCGUUCUGGAUCGAUGUCCGUCGUGCUUGGAUAAUUUCCGGAAGAAUUUUUGCGACCUCACUUGUCGACCCGAUCAGAGCAAGUUCAUCAAUGUGACGGAGAAGGUCGUGGAACAAUUCGAAAAUGGAACGAGUGUGGAACUCGUGUCACAACUGGUUUAUUACAUCUCCAAGAGCUAUAACGAGAAAAGCUACGAGUCUUGUAAAGGAGUCACCAAUCCAUCGACGAGUGGACCAGCUAUGGCACUCCUGUGUGGAACGUGGGGAGCUGAGAAAUGCAACCCUGAGCGAUGGUUUGAAUACAUGGGUAGUACGAGCAAUGGAUACUCUCCGUUUGAUAUCUUGUUCAAUAUUUCCGAAGAGGACGAGGUGGGCGGAUUCAUCCCGCAUAACCCAUCUGUGGUUCCUUGCAAUGAAUCGAGCAUGGGAAAACCAGAGUGUUCCUGUACGGAUUGUAUUAGCUCUUGCACACAAGUGGAGUUUGAAGACCCUCCGGAGAUGUUCAAAGUGGGAAAACUGGAUGGCAUAGCAUUUAUCAUGAUUAUCAUAUUUAUUUUGGGGACUGCCAUUUUCUUGGCAUUGGUUGUUACGAACAAAUUAGCGAGGAAACGCAAUUCAGAUUCUGAGUCAUCCUCAAUUGGAUCCUCAAGGGAAGAAGAUGAUUCAAAGUUGAACAAAGUGGAUCAAAUGGGCGUUUGGUUGAGUUUGUCUAUGGAGCGUGUUUUCAACAAAUGGGGCACAUUCUGCGCCUAUUAUCCUGUUCCGGUCAUUGUAUUUGGUUUAGUCGCUGCCAUCAUCCUGUGCACUGGAAUACAAUGGUUGAAGAUCACCACUGAUCCUGUGGAACUUUGGGCUGCUCCAGGAUCGAAAUCCAGAGGUGACAAGGAAUACUUUGACUCCACAUUCAGACCCUUCUAUCGAACGGCUCAAGUCAUCGCAGCAGCCAAAGACUUGGAAGAGUUCACUUAUAUUGAUACCGACGGGAUCGAACAGAAUUUUGGGCCAGUCUUUCAUGAUGAAAAGUUUCUCAAACCUUUGCUUAAGCUCCAGCAAGACAUUGAAGAGAUCACAACUGAGAGUGGACUUAAACUUCAGGAUGUUUGUAACGCCCCUUUAUCUCCGCAAGACAACGUAUGCAAUAUUCAGAACGUCUGGGCGUAUUGGCAAGACAGUCUCGAAAAGUUUGAGCUCAUUCGGCCCAAUCAAAACACUGAUAGGAAUCUUACGUACUUGGAUCAUUUCCUCACAUGUGCCAGAAAUCCGGCUUUGCCCACGGAUGGUCAUCCAACCAACCCGUUGUCUUGCAUGUCCAAAGGAGGUAUUCCCGUUCAACCUUUCUUUGUCUUGGGUGGAUUCAUUCCAGAGGGUGUGAGUGGUUUACCUCAGAACGCAAAUUAUCAAGGCUCAAAGGCCGUGGUUAUGUCGAUCAUUUUGGAUAACUACGAUUUAUACGCCACAGACCACGAAUCGCAGAAGAAGCUUCGAAAUGCCCGAGAAUGGGAAGCAGCCUUCAUUGACUUCAUGAAGGAAUGGGAAAAAGACCCCGAAAACACCAAGUACAUGAGCAUUGCAUUCAAUUCAGAGAGAUCUAUUGAAGAUGAAUUGGCUCGAGAGACCCAAGGAGAUAUCAUCACCAUCGUCAUAUCCUACGUGAUCAUGUUUGUGUACAUCACUUUUGCCUUGGGGAAAUUUACCACCUUCCGGAACAUUAUGGUGGAGAGCAAGAUCACCUUGGGUAUCACCGGAAUCGUGAUCGUGCUCUUAUCUGUCGGAGCUUCGGUGGGAAUUUUUGGGUUUGCAGGGAUCGAAUCGUCAUUGAUCAUUUUCGAGAUCAUCCCUUUUCUGGUCUUGGCCGUGGGCGUGGAUAACAUAUUUAUCAUGGUUCAAACGUAUCAAAGGACAGAUCGGCUGAAGUCGGAAACCUUGCCUGAGCACGUGGGUCGUGUGGUGGGUGAAGUGGGACCCUCCAUGUUGCUAUCAUCUUUAUCUGAGGCCACGUGUUUCUUCUUGGGAGCCUUACUGGAUAUGCCAGCGGUUCAUUCCUUUGCACUGAAUGCUGGUUUUGCAAUCAUUCUAGAUUUCUUGAUGCAGAUUUCCUGCUUUGUCAGCCUUUUGGCCUUGGAUAUGUACAGACAGGAGAGCAAACGCUUCGACAUUGCUUGUUGCUUCAAAGCCUCCAAGAAGGGAAAUGAUGAAGAUAAGAGAAAAAAGGGCGUAGUGUAUUGGCUGUUUGAGCAGUUUUAUGCUCCGUUUGUUCUCUCUACUUGGAUUCGACCCUUAGUGGUGAUUGUGUUCUUUGGCUGGUUUUGCUCUUCCUUGGCAGUGGCACCCAAGAUUGAAGUCGGCUUGGAUCAAGAAAUUUCGAUGCCGGAUGACUCUUUCGUGCUCAAAUAUUUCGACUACAUGAAGAAAUAUCUCUCGGUGGGACCCCCGUUCUACAUCACAUUGGACAACAAGGACCUCAAGUUCAAUUUCUCUGAUCCAGUGUUGCAGAAUCGGAUUGCCGGGUCGUUCGGAUCCCAACCCGAUUCCUUGAACUCUCAGGUCAAACAAUGGAGUAUCAACUCUGAGAAAACCUACGUGGCAAGCACUGCCCAAUCCUGGAUGGAUGAUUACUUCUCUUGGCUCAGUAACAAAGAUUGUUGCAUGUACAACCAAGUCACUUUGGAGGUGUGUCAAUCCAAUUAUCUCAGCGACAAUGAGUUACCUUGGCAUUCAAAUUACCAAAGCAGGAGUGGACCAGGUGGAAUUGGACCGGAAACGGAUUGCGUAGAUUGUGAACCAAUGGAGGCUGACAACAACCGUCCAACUCCAUUCCAAUUCGAAAAACAUCUCCAUUGGUUCCUGGACGAUAGCCCUGGGGACAAAUGUCCCCCUGCUGGCAAAGGAGCUUACCGUGAUGGUGUCCGGUUACAACAAAUUGGAGUGGAUGACGACGGAUUUCCGCAUUAUGAGGUCACUGCCAGUAAUUUCAUGGUGUUCCACACGAUCUUAAGGGUGUCCACAGAUUUCUCAGAGGCCCUGCGUUGGUCAAGGAAACUUACAGACGCUAUUGCUGAGGUUGUCAACGAAGACCUUGAUGAAGACCAACAAGUGGAUGUGUUUGCUUAUUCCAUUUUCUAUGUUUACUAUGAGCAAUAUCUGACCAUGUGGAGGGAUUCCAUCAAAGCUUUGGGCUUGUCCCUAUUGGCCGUGUUCAUCGUCACAUUAAUCCUUCUUGGACUUGACCUGUUGUCUUCACUGAUCGUAAUCCUUAUCAUUCUCUUGAUCUUGAUCAACAUGAUGGGACUUAUGUAUUGGUGGAACAUUCAACUGAAUGGAGUGACAUUGGUCAAUUUAGUGGUCACAAUUGGAAUCUCGGUGGAAUUUUGCGCUCACACUGUUCGGUCUUUUUCAAUUAACGGAAAUCCUGAUCGGAUUGAACGCUGCAAAACAACUUUAGCCAAUAUGGGGAGUUCGGUUUUGUCUGGAAUCACGUUAACCAAAUUUGCCGGCAUUAUUGUCCUAGGAUUCGCCAAGUCCCAAAUUUUCAAGAUAUUCUUUUUCCGUAUGUACCUUGGGAUUGUUCUGAUUGGAGCUGCUCAUGGACUCAUCUUCCUCCCGGUUCUUCUCAGUUAUUUAGGACCAAGUUUGAAACGAGCCAAGGCCAUUGCACAACACAAUGCUCUGCAAGAACCUCGCCAAGAUCAUCUUUCCAAGAAGUUUUAAUUGUCAUGCAUCUAAUCUAACGACAAAAAUUGCAUUUAGGUCAAGACAUUAGGAUAGAGUAGCGAUUGAAAAAGAUUCGUAUUAAAUGAAUUUCCACAAGCCCGUU